AUGACCCAACCUGCGCCCCCUCCGGAGCUUACCCCACAGUUUUGCUUCAGUACUGUUCAGCUAAGAGACUUCCUUCGUAUAUCCCGCUCCGCAAUCGACGACAGCAUAACGCAGAACCUCAACGCCCUACUCACCCCAGCAUCUACUGGAUUCGACCCGUCUUCAACCUCAGUCCGCACACCACGGCCGUCUAACUCACGACGCAUAUCCCCCCAAUCAUGUCGCAACUUCAAGGACCAGGUACUCUUCCCAUCAUGGCAGAUGCGGUCUAAUGUGUUGAACUACUGUGCGUCCGUGGCGACGAGUCCCGAUCCAGAUGAUCCUGAGUCGGUGUUGCGCCAGGUGGAGAGUGAGAGGGACAGGGAGAGGGUCGUGGAUGAGAGGCUGGAUCCGUAUUCAUCCAGAUUCUUCCCUAGAGAGGCAAGAACCGAGAGGUUAGCUGCUUUGGUGAGGCAGGAGAGGGGCGUGGAGAAUAUAAUCAGGGCGAGGAGUUGGGGGUUGGUUAGUGAACGGUGCGGGGAAGAUUGGAGAGAUUGGGAAGAAGCGCUGAACGAUUGGCGGAAGGGUAGGGAAGGCAGGUAG